GUCAUUAUAACUGACAUCAAUGACAACGCACCAGACUUCGGAACUGAUAAGUUUGUGUUUUCACUGAUCGAAAACAGUCCGAUUGGGACUAUCGUAGGGACUGUGACAGCAUCUGAUUUAGAUGAAGGUACAAAUGCUGACAUUAGUUAUUUUGUGGACAACAAUGGACUUAUUGAUGUAGACCCGGACAACGGGAACAUCGUAGCCUUAGAGGUCAUGGACAAAGAAGCAGUGUCUAGAAUGGAAUUCAUGGUAGGAGCACGCGACAAGGGUAUCCCCUCGUUGCAAGCACGUGUACCGGUGUUGAUAACCAUAACUGACCAAAACGACAACCCUCCCCGAUUCUCAGAAAAUGAGUACGUCUUCAGGAUCGCCGGGUUCGUUCCUAUAGGUACGACUGUAGGAAGCGUUAUGGCGUUUGAUCCUGAUGAGGGAACAAAUGCCGAAGUGUCCUAUAGGAUUGGAAACGGAAACGUCGAAGACAAAUUUGCAAUCAACUCGGAAAACGGCACACUCUACACUGUCAAGGAAUUGCCGACCAAUGAUACAAAGGAGUAUGAAGUCACUGUGACGGCAAGUGAUGGUUUGUUCGAGGACAGCUGCAUUGUCAAGGUGCUCGUCCAGGGAAAGCAACAUUUUACAGAGGCAGAAACCAUUGCAAGAAUCCGACUUUCUGGUGAGGCAGAACAGAAAACGUGCGCCUCAAAUGAGUUCGCCUGCAUUUCCGGUGGCGGCUGUAUUCCCGCCAGGUGGCGCUGUGACGGUGACCCAGACUGCAGUGACGAAUCUGAUGAAGUAGACUGUGGAAACUUUACUUGUGAAUCAGACCAGUUCAAAUGCGGUACCCAUCAACAAUGUAUCGACGUGAGAUGGCGCUGUGACGGGGAUGAUGACUGUGCCGAUCGAUCCGAUGAAAAGAAUUGCGGUGAAGUUACCUGCGGACAGGAUCAGUUCCAGUGUAGUAGUGAUGGGAAGUGCAUCAACGCUGACUGGCGCUGUGACGAGGAUACUGAUUGCAACGAUGGUUCAGACGAGCAAGGAUGCGGUGAAGUUACGUGCAGACAGGAUCAGUUCCAAUGCAGUAGUGAUGGAAAGUGCAUCAACGCUGACUGGCGAUGUGACGGGGAUCAGGAUUGCAACGAUGGUUCAGACGAGCAAGAAUGCGGGAGCUGCUGUGGUGAAAUCCUUCGGGAGGCGACGACAUGGGUUGACCAAUCAAGCGGCUACGGUGUUCCUGACGGCUGGACCCUGUGUUACCUUGACGGGAGAGACACCGCUCACUUCGACACCCCGUGUCAGAACCUGCUACAGGGGAUCCCUGGUUACCGAAAUGCCCAACAACUCCUCGAAGCAGGAGGGAAUUUCGGGUGCUGGCAGGGCAACACUGGUGCAUCCCCCGGACCGGCAUUUGCAACAAAUGAUGUGAUCAAGUUCAGCUGCCGGAAUUACUCCCAACACUCGAUAAAGCUGUCAGGUUGGCCUUGGAGUGCAAGUACAAACACAACACUUGGAGUUUGUAUCAGGGGUAUUACCUGUGAGCGUAGAGAAAACCCCGCCUGCAAUGGGCGUGAGUUCCAGUGCAGUUCAGGAGCCUGCAUACAGAUGUCAUGGCGCUGUGACGGUGAUCAGGACUGCCCUGACGGGUCUGAUGAACUGAACUGUGAUGAUGAAGGUGCAGUUUCUCCGACCCCAAAGACGGAUAGAGAAUACAUGGGUUGCUACAAGGACACUAAGAAACGUCGAUUGCCGAAAGGACCAAAGAUUUCACAAGAAAUGACCCCCGACUUCUGCAUAGAACACUGUAUUGAUGAAGGAUAUGCCUACGCAGGCACGCAGUAUUACGAGGAGUGCUGGUGUGGCAAUGAACGCCACUUCUCCAGGAUCGGGCGACAGCGGAACGACGAGCAGUGCAACACUCCGUGUCGGGGAAACGAAGAGGAAAACUGCGGUGGGCCUUGGAGAUUAUCAGUGUAUAAAGUUGGGAAGAAGAUAAAGACGAAUGAAGAAAGUAGCAACGAAGCGCUAAAUGUUGCACUCAACAAAAACGCCUCGCAGAGCAGUUUGUUGAGAUCGGAAUACCCUGCGGAGCGAGCUGUGGACGGAAACACAGGAACCAUUCUGUACCCCCGACAGGAAUGCACACAUACGGCCCUGGAGUACGAGCCGUGGUGGAAGGUUGAUCUUGGAGACACAUACGUCAUCAGUCACGUGAGAGUGAUCAACCGUGGAGACUGCUGUGGAGAACGGCUGCGUAAUUUCAUGGUGCGAGUUGGCCCCUUUGAGGACUUCCGUGAAAACACUCCAUGUGGUGACAUUCACUCGGAAACUCCAUCGGAUGGUGAGACCAUCACUGUGCGGUGCGCCGAGCCCAUAUCAGGGAGGUGGGUGUCUGUUCAACUGAUCGGUCGGGAGGACUACCUGUCCCUGUGUGAAGUACAGGUGUAUACAGCGACAGAUGGCGACCCAUUUGAAUGUCUUUCAACCAGCGAUGGUACCACAUACCGCGGUAAAGUACGGACAACCAAAUCAGGACAUACCUGCCAACGCUGGGAUAGUUCUUCUCCACACAGGCACCAGCACCUACAGAAGUACCCGUACCACGGGUUGGAUGAGAACUUCUGUAGAAACCCAACCGGGCGUCCACUUGCUGAGGGACCGUGGUGCUACACAACAGAUCCAGACGUGGAAUGGGAGUACUGUGACAUUCCUGAAUGCGACAUCAGCUCAAGAGAGUGUCUUGACGGCUCUACCUACGACGGGAAAAUACAGGUUACAAUAUCAGGGCGUACAUGUCAGAGGUGGGACAGUGAGACACCACACGUCCGCGAUAUCCGCUCGCCAUUUCCAGGACUUGAUGAGAACUACUGCAGGAACCUACCAGAACUUGGGGAACGAAACUGGCCUUGGUGUUACACCAUCGAUCCAGACAUCACAUGGGAGUACUGCAGAAUUGAAACGUGUGUGACAGACGUUCUAGCGGUGGUUGACGGAUACUCGCCUCGUCGUGGAGACUGCCCUGGGAACGACAUCUGGACCCUUUACAAAGAUUACGUCACGUUGGAGGAAUGUGCUCAGAAGUGCACGGAUAAUCCCGACUGUGUCAGCUUCCUGUUCUACGAUAACCACCGAUGUUACCCGAAGACAAAGUCGUGUGCAGAAACUAUCAAGACCAACCCAAUGAACGUUUUCUAUGACAGAAUCAUUGAAGAAGUUGCCAGCAGAAAAUGGCGGGAGGACUAUCAUUGUGGUUACGGGUAUCCUGCGGAGGGAUCUGAUCGAGCAGAGUGUGAUCCGUACUCCUGUUUCCCAUGCUGCUCUACGGCAGGCUGGUGCGGAAACACACCUGAUCACUGUGACUGUCCCGGAUGUGUAAACUUCCAAAACGUAUAUGGAGUAGCUCCAAUCGCGUCAAUUCAUUCUGUACCAGAAGAAAAAAGAAGAUGGCGAGAUGACUAUCGGUGUGGGCCUGACUUCCCUGCAGCAGGGGCGGACCCAGGCGAAUGUGACCCCCAUUCCUGUUUCCCAUGCUGCUCGGCGGCAGGUCACUGUGGCAACAUCGGGGUCGAACAUUGUGACUGUCCCGGAUGUGUGGACUACAGAUUUCACAAACAGAACGGCAGUAGAUGGCGUGAUGACCUCCGCUGUGGUCCAGACUUCCCAGCCCCAGGAGCCGCCUCAGGAGAAUGUGACCCAGUGUCCUUCACUCCCUGCUGCUCCAUCAGUGGCUUCUGUGGGAGCACAGAGGAACACUGCAAGUGUGAAGGUUGUGUGGACUUCAGAACCGGCAGUGGAGUAACAGAAGAGUCUUCCACAACAACAGUUAAACCGCUAGAAUGCCUCACAGACUACGAAGGUACAUCCUACCGCGGUACAAGACAGUUCACUCAAUCAGGACUCACGUGCCAGCACUGGGAUAGUACUUUUCCACACAACAACACGUACUUGGAAAAGUUUCCUAACAGCGGAUUGGAUAAAAACUUCUGUAGAAACCCAGACGGGCGUCCAGAUGCAGAGAGACCGUGGUGCUACACAACAAACCCAGAUGUGAGAUGGGAGUAUUGUGACAUCCCAGCUUGCGGGCAAAAUGACAAACCAAAAUGGAGGGAUGACUGGCGCUGUGGCCCGGGGUUCUCAGCAGAGGGCGCUGAUACCGCAGAGUGUGAUCCUACGUCAUGUUUCCCAUGCUGCUCUGCGGGUGGCUGGUGUGGCAUCACCGAAGACCACUGUGAAUGUCCCGGAUGUACGAACUACCAGGAGAUAUAUGGGAUCCCAGCAAUUGUAAAGGAAGAAACUGUGGCAGCACCAGAGAUGAGAUGGAGGGACGAUUUCCGAUGCGGACCUAACUUUCCUGCACCUGGAGCGGACCCAGGCGAAUGUGACCCCCAUUCUUGCUUCCCAUGUUGCUCAGCGUCAGGUUACUGCGGCCACAUUUUGUCAGAGCACUGCGACUGUCCCGGAUGUGUUGACUACAGGUUUCACAACCAGAACGGCAGUAGAUGGCGUGAUGACCUCCGCUGUGGUCCAGACUUCCCAGCCCCAGGAGCCGCCUCAGGAGAAUGUGACCCCGUGUCCUUCACUCCCUGCUGCUCCAUCAGUGGCUUCUGUGGAAGCACAGAGGAACACUGCAAGUGUGACGGUUGUGUGGACUUCAGAACGGGCAGUAGAGAAAGCCAGAUUACAGGCAAUACUGCAACAGUUGAGGGAUACACUUCUCGCCAUGGAGACUGCCCUGGGAACGACAUCUGGGCCAUUUACCGAGACCAAACCUCAUUGGAUGACUGCGCCCGGCUGUGUACGAGCCAUCCCGAAUGUGUCAGCUUCAUGUUCUACAAUAACCAUAGGUGUUACCCUAAAACAAAGUCUUGUGCAGACACCACAAUGACUAACCCAAGGAACGUGUUCUAUGACAAAAUUCUCGAUGGCGACCCAUUUGAAUGUCUUUCAACCAGCGAUGGUACCACGUACCGCGGUAGAGUGCGGACAACCAAAUCAGGAAAUACCUGCCAACGCUGGGAUAGCACCUAUCCACACGAGCACAAGUACCUACAGAAGUACCCGUACCACGGAUUGGAUGAGAAUUUCUGUAGAAACCCAGACGGGCGUCCAGAUGCUGACGUACCGUGGUGCUACACAACAGAUCCAGCCAUAAGAUGGGAGUACUGUGACAUUCCUGAAUGCGACAUCAGCUCAAGAGAGUGUCUUGACGGAUCUACCUACGACGGGAAAAUACAGGUUACAAUAUCAGGGCGUACAUGUCAGAGGUGGGACAGUGAGACACCACACGUCCGCGAUAUCCGCUCACCAUUUCCAGGACUUGAUGAGAACUACUGCAGGAACCUACCAGGACUUGGGGAACGAAACUGGCCUUGGUGUUACACCAUCGAUCCAGACAUCCCUUGGGAGUACUGCAGAAUUGAAACAUGUGUGACAGACGUUCUAGCGGUAGUUGGCGGAUACUCACCUCGUCGCGGCGACUGCCCUGGGAACGACAUCUGGUCCCUUUACGAAGAUUACGUCACGUUGGAAGAAUGUGCUCAGAAGUGCACCGAUAAUCCCGACUGUGUCAGCUUCCUGUUCUACGAUAACCACCGAUGUUACCCGAAGACAAAGUCGUGUGCAGAAACUAUCAAGACCAACCCGAGGAAUGUUUUCUAUGACAGAAUCAUUGAAGUAGUUACCAGCAGGAAAUGGCGGGAGGACUAUCAUUGCGGUUCUGGGUAUUCCGCGUGGGGAGCUGAACAGGCAGAGUGUGAUCCGCACUCCUGUUUCCCAUGCUGCUCUGCGGCAGGCUGGUGCGGAAACACACCUGACCACUGUGACUGUCCCGGAUGUACAAACUUCCAAAAAGAAUAUGGAGUAGCUCCAAUCACGUCAAUUCAUUCUGUACCAGAAGAGAAAAGAAGAUGGCGUGAUGACUAUCGGUGUGGGCCUGACUUCCCUGCACCUGGGGCAGACCCAGGCGAAUGUGACCCCCAUUCCUGUUUCCCAUGCUGCUCAGCGGCAGGUCACUGUGGCAACAUCGGGGUUGAACAUUGUGACUGUCCCGGAUGUGUGGAUUACAGAUUUCAUAAACAGAACGGCAGUAGAUGGCGUGAUGACCUCCGCUGUGGUCCAGACUUCCCAGCCCCAGGAGCCGCCUCAGGAGAAUGUGACCCCGUGUCCUUCACUCCCUGCUGCUCCAUCAGUGGCUUCUGUGGAAGGACAGAGGAACACUGCAAGUGUGAAGGUUGUGUGGACUUCAGAACGGGCAGUGGAGUAACAGAAGAGUCACCCAGCACAACAGUUGAACCACUAGAAUGUCUCACAGACUACGAAGGUACAUCUUACCGUGGUACAAGACAGUUUACCGAAUCAGGAUUGACGUGCCAGCACUGGGAUAGUACUUUUCCACACAACAACACGUACUUGGAAAAGUUUCCUAACAGCGGAUUGGAUGAGAACUUCUGUAGAAACCCAGACGGGCUACCAGAUGCAAGGAAACCGUGGUGCUACACAACAAACCCAGAUGUUAGAUGGGAGUAUUGUGACAUCCCAGCGUGCGAAGACGCUGAUGAUGCUACAACAACCUGCGACCUGAACCUUCAAGAGCAAGCAGAACGUUGCAAGGCAACCGAAGACGCUCCGAUCUGCAGUGGUCAUGGUGUCUGUGAUUGUGGGCAGUGUAGAUGCCAUCACAGCCUCCCCAUACUGCCCUUUCAAAGGUUUACCGGACAGUUUUGCGAAUGUGACAGCCUGUCAUGUGACCGAUACAAGGGACAAAUUUGUGGAGGACACGGUGUGUGUCAAUGUGGAGACUGUGUCUGUGAAGAAGGCUGGGCCGGCGCGGCUUGUGAAUGCACAACAAGUGUUGACAACUGUAUAUCGUCAAAUGGGCUUAUUUGUAACAACGGUGGUGAUUGUCAGUGUGGCGUCUGCAGAUGUGAUCCAUUCAGUUACUACUUUGGGCCUCAGUGUGAAGAUUGUGCGACCUGCGUUGGAAAGUGCGGAGACCUCAGAGAAUGUGGAGAAUGCCUGACUGGUGGAAUGGAAGAUUGCACGGAAGUUUGCAGCGGGUUAAAAGUCGUCCAAGUCGAAGACAUUAACACAGAUUCUUCUAAGACCUGCAGUUACCGGUCUGCUACCGACAGGGAGUUUGAGUUUGCGUACGAGUAUGCUGCAGAGGGUGGUGUAGUCGUUAGGUACCACGUGGUACCUUCCAUUGUACAUCCUCCAGUGGAAACCACAGGUGUUGAUGAAGGCGUUCUCAGUCUCUUCUGUGAGGCGAAUGUGAAACUCCCGAUCGUGUGGACAAAGGGUGGCAGGACAAUAACCAGUACCCAGAGGAGAUAUGACGUAGUGGAGUACAACGACGGACGCGCGUCACAGCUAAGGAUAGACCCCCUGCGACGACAUGAUGACGACACAUUCACGUGUAGAUUGGAGAAUCCCGAGGACGGGACUGUGGUAGAGGCUAGCGCGCCUGUUAACGUAAUAGCAGAGGACAACCUACCUGACGGAUUCCCAACAAUCACCCAACAUCCUCAACUAAAAGUAGUAGAGAAGGGCCGCCCUUCGGUACUUGUGUGCAGUGCAAGAGGAGAUCCUGAUCCUGACAUCACAUGGCUGAAAGAUAUGGUCCCUGUAGACAUGGCGGACUCUCGUAUAAAGCUUUUGGGGUCAGGUUCCCUUCAAAUCGACAGUGUAACUGAAGAAGACGAAGGCAGAUACGAGUGUGUGGCUAAGAAUGGUCUAGGCACUCGCUACUCCUACCCGGCCAACCUGUAUAUUCGGGUUCGUCGAGUUCCGCCUCGAUUUUCAGUCAUUCCAGAGGAUAUUGAAGUCAACCGCGGAGAUAACAUCAACCUUACCUGUGUUGCUGUUGGCUCUCCCAUGCCCUCGGUACAAUGGGUUAAGGGACUGCACGACCUAUCAGAUAAGCCCUUUCAGAGUGGACGGAGUUAUCUUCGGCAGGAAAACGUGUUAGAAAGCGCAAACUACACUUGUGUGGCUUCCAGUGAGCUUGGUAUGGUGGAACACACGGUACAAGUUACGGUGAAAGAUGCCCUAGCUAUGGUCGAAGGUUACGCCGCACGGCGUGGAGACUGCCCUGGGAACGACAUCUGGGGAAUCUACGCACGCUCCACCACGUUAGAAGACUGUGCCCGGCGGUGUACACGUCAUCCCCGAUGCGCUGCGUUCAUGUUCUUUGAUAACCAGGAAUGCUACCCGAAGUCCCAGUCCUGUGAAGAGACGGCGCAAACAAACCCAAAGUCUGUUUUCUAUGACAGAAUUGUAGGACCUACACCUCCUGGUCCGGACCCACAAGAACAGCCAGUGGUACUUUCCAUUGUAAAUCCUCCAGUGGACACCACGGGUGUUGAUGAAUCUGUCCUCAGUCUCUUUUGCGAGACGAAUGUUAAUCUAACAAUCGUGUGGACAAAGGGUGGCAGAAUAGUCACCAGUACCCGGGGCAGAUAUGACGUAGUGGAGUACAACGAUGGACGAGCGUCAGUGCUGAGGAUAGACCCCCUGCGACACUCACGUGAUGACGACACAUUCAAGUGCAAAUUGGAGAGUGUCGAUGACGGAACUGUGGCAGAGGCUAGUGCGCUUGUCAACGUGAUGACAGAGGACAACCUACCUGACGGCUUCCCUACAAUCACCCAACAUCCUCAGCUGAAGGCAGUAGAGAAGGGCCACACUGCGGUACUUGUGUGCAGUGCAAGAGGAGAUCCUGAUCCUGAAAUCACAUGGCUGAAAGAUAUGGUCCCUGUAGACAUGGCGGACUCUCGUAUAAAGCUUUUGGGCUCAGGUUCACUUCAAAUCAACAGUGUAACUGAAGAAGACGAAGGCAGAUACGAGUGUGUUGCUACCAGUGGUCUAGGCACCCGCUACUCUUACCCGGCCAACCUGUAUGUUCGGGUUCGUCGAGUCCCGCCUCGAUUUUCAGUCGUUCCAGACGACAUUGAAAUCAACCACGGUGAUAAUAUCAGCCUUACCUGUGUUGCUGUUGGCUCUCCCACGCCUUCGGUACAAUGGCUGGAGGGAGAGGACGACCUAUCAGAUAAGCCCUUUCAGAGUGGACGGAAUGAGCUUCGUCUGGAAAAUGUGUUAGAAAGCGCAAACUACACUUGUGUGGCUACCAGUGAGUUGGGUGUCGUGGAACACACGGUACAAGUUACGGUUAAGGAUGCCCUAGCUAUGGUGGAAGGUUACACCGUUCGGCGUGGAGACUGUCCUGGGAACGACAUCUGGGGUAUCUACGCACGCUACACCACGUUAGAAGACUGUGCCCGGCGGUGUACACGUAAUCCCCGCUGUGUGGCCUUCAUGUUCUUUGAUAACCAGGAGUGCUACCCGAAGUCCCAGUCUUGUGACGAAACAGCCCUUACAAACCCAAAGUCUGUUUUCUAUGACAGAAUUGUUGAGGAUGACGUUGACGGCUCAAUAGACGGCGAGCCUUCAGCUGCACUGUACUCUGAACCAAAAUGGCGAUCUUUUUACCGGUCUGGUGGGGUAUCUGCAAGGCUCCGCAGUCAGGAGACGGAUGAGUCGAAAGAGGCUGAAGCUGAACCUGAGGGAUCAGGCUUGGUGAGGAAGGUGUUCGGUCUGCCCAUAUACAGGAAACGACGUCACGUUCCACAAGAUGAAUCCUCAUCAGACAGCUUCCUUGCCAUUGGUGGAAAGACAUAUCGUUUUCCGUCGCAGAGCCCGAACCAGUACGCCGUGGCAGAGCUGGCAAAGCUGCCGCACCGGAUCAACCGUUUCCUGGAAGUGCUGGUUCAUCUCAAGAAGUGCGCCCUUGCGGAGGGACAGGAACAGCAGGACCUAGCGUCAUCCACAAACGAGAAGUAAACAUCAUCAUCGGUCAAACACGCAGCGAAAUCUCUAUUGAGUGAAAACCAAGGGACUUGGAAAAUGGCCGUAAGCAUAGGGAAGUAUAUAGAUAGCGCUUAAGCAAAUGUGAUCAUUACCACAAUUUGACUGUGUCGAAAACUUGCUUGGAAAGUUAUAUCUUCUUGUGUUAGUAUCGUUUGACGCCUUGACAUAACGUGUUUUGUUGACGAAUGAAUUAAUGUGAUUUAGAGGAAUUCAAUGCAUGUCUUAUGGUAUAUACAGUCAAGCGUUUAAUAGAGAGGUAUUUACACUAUGUCCAUAUGAUCACAUUUAGAUCAUUAUUAUAGCGUCUUAUUCUAACUAAUCGUAUUUCGGAAUAAAAUAUCCUUUCUUUCAA